AUGAACGACCCUCGACAUGAUGCCCCGCUGCCGAGCGCCAACGCCAACAUAAACGUUCCCGCUACCACGACGACCGCAACGGUUCUCCCCACGACAGCGAAUGGCUCUGCCAAAGGCGGCGAUGUCAUUGAUGCGGGUCUGAGGAGUCUUGAUCACUAUAAGCGCGCCCUGCCAAAAUGGCGAUACGACCUGCGCCAGCAAAUGCUGCCCCUGAUCCGAUGGGAGACGCCAUAUCUUGCCUGGAUGCAGGAGAAGAUGCGAACUCCGGCUCUUGAUAGUUACUUUGCCAUUACGGCCAACCUCGGAACACAUACCUUCUUUAUGAUAGGAUUGCCUAUCUGCUUCUGGUGCGGACAUGCUGCCUUUGGCAAAGGACUUGUUCACAUCCUCGCCCUUGGUGUCUUUUGGACGGGCUUCAUUAAGGACUUCUACUCACUUCCGCGUCCUCUAUCGCCCCCUCUCCAUCGAAUUACCAUGUCAGGCUCUGCAGCACUCGAAUACGGUUUCCCUUCGACACAUAGCGCCAAUGCCGUAUCUGUCGCCGUUUAUGCGCUCCUCAUACUGCGUAGCCCCGAGAAUACACUCCCUGCGACGACCAAGAUCGCACUAGAGUUUCUCUCAUACUUUUACGCUAUUUCGAUCAUAUUCGGACGUCUUUAUUGUGGCAUGCAUGGUUUCCUUGAUGUGAUUGUUGGAUCUAUCAUGGGUGCUGCUAUUUCUUUCCUCGAAUUCUACUACGGACCUCCACUGGAUGCAUACAUGCACUCAAGCUCCUGGGUUGCUCCUCUUAUUGCCACGCUGAUCAUCUUGGUUCUUGUGCGAAUUCAUCCCGAGCCAGCCGAUGAUUGUCCGUGUUACGAUGAUAGUGUUGCUUUUGCUGGCGUUCUUGUUGGUCUUGAGUUUGGCACUUGGACGUACGGCAAGAUCGCGCUUGAUCCCUGGGAGAGUCAUGCGCAUGGUGGAACUACCGUGGAUAUCACACACCUGGGAUUGGUUGCCAAUGUGGCCAGAAUCGUCUUUGGUGUUCUUGUCGUCUUUAUGUGGCGCGAGACGAUGAAGCCCUUGUUGCUCAAGCUUCUGCCUCAUUUGUUCCGAAUCUUCGAACAAAUUGGUGUCAACAUGCCUCGACGAUUCUUUACCCCUGCCAGCAAGUACAAGACUGUACCGGCUGGGUCUCGUAUCGAUACUCUAUUCCCUUCACCCUCAGACUUCCCUCGAAUGGUUGAGAGCAUCCGAAACCCCGCAACCCGAGGUCGCUCUGUGUCCAUCGGACCUCAAAGUGCGGCAGACGCAUACGAAACUCUGGCGUAUAGGGAACGCAAGCGGCGCGAGAGCGUCAGCAGCAACCAUAGCCUUAAGAGCAGAUCAGACAACACCGAACUCGAGACCAUGCAUGAGGACCAUUCUGGAAAGGGUGCCCAGACUUCCGGCUCACAGCCUCGUCAUAUUACCGACUACGAGAAGAUGAUGGGAACAGGCGAGGUUGUGACAACUCCAGCCGCCGAGGAUGAUCGGAUCGAUAUUUUUGUUACAAACACAGAGGACGGCUUGGGAGAAAAGGAGAUGUUCUCGCAGUUGAUCAAGCCCCGUGUGCGAUAUGACGUUGAGGUUAUAACAAAGCUUGUCGUAUAUACAGGUAUUGCUUGGUUUGCAGUGGCUAUAAUCCCCAUAAUGUUUGAGAUUGUAGGCUUGGGAACGAACCAAAUGAGCGAGCAAUGA